AUGGCAGUUUCACCAGAGGCCUACGCCAUCAUAUCGCAGAAAAAGGCUAAAUACUGCCGUCUCGCCGACACUCAGCAAUGGGACAAGUUCGACAGUAUCAUGCUCCCCAAUGCGACAUACUCGUUCCACGACCCUGAUGGAAGCGUAAUUAUACGAGACGGCACGACAUUUUCAUGGUCGUCACGAGACGAAUGGGCUGCGUUCUUCGACAAUGAGAACAAGGAAAUACAAGCCAUUCACAACAUCGGUCCUGCAGAAAUGGAGCAGGUCGCACCAGACGAGAUCAAGGCUGUCUGGUCGGUUAUUUACCACGCCGGUAACAAGAAUGCUGAGUCUGGCGUCCAUGGGACUGGUGGAGGGUACUAUCACGAGACGUGGAAGAAGGUUGGGGACGACUGGUUCAUGCAGACACUGAGGAUGGACAGAUUGUAUUGGAAGAUGUUAGUCCAUUGA